AGAGUUAACUUUACCCAUCGGAUUCCGUGACGCCCCGUUCGCCCCAUCACAUUCGAACAUCGAAGAUAAUGAACGUGUGGCUUGUAAUUACCCUAUUACUGGGAGUUUUAAAUUUGGGAGAUGGGGUUCCCUGGCGGCCGUCAGUUGGUCCACCCUCGAGACCUCCAGGUCGUCCAGUGAACAUCAUGACGGACGUUAUUAACGAUCUCGGAGUUAAACUUCUCGACUGCUACAUGGAGCAUUCCGGUAACAUCGCAUUUUCCCCAACGGGACUGGCAUUUGUCCUAGCAGCCUUGUACGAGGGUUCAGCAGGACGUACAACGAGACAAAUAGCCCAAGUUCUAGCACUGCCCCGAGAUCGCCGAGUCACCGAGAUCGGACUUCGUGACAUUCACCGGAGGCUGAGAAGCUACCUAAACGCCGAUGCCUUUCUUGGGGGUCUCACUCUCAAUCGAGACGAUAUCAUAUUAAGACCGGAGUACGAGGACACACUGAGGUUUUACGGUUUCGAUGUGGGUGACAAUCAGGGUAAUUCAACGGGCAACGUAAACAGUAACGCCACCGAUUUACCAACAACACCUGCAGGACAAAUGGCUGACAAUAAUGGAACGACAACCCCGGGACCAGUGACAGGUGUAACCGAUUCCACAGGUUCAACAUCAUCGAUGAUGAUGGUAACUGCGCCAAUGCCUCCGGCGAUGACUAACCUGGCUGCUUCCAUCGACACAACCAUCAAUCCCAUGGUUGAAUUAAUUUCACCUAGCCCCAGCAACGCCUCCCUGGCUGCCAUAUCCGCUGUCAACGGGACAACCGAGACCCCCACGACGACACCCAUCAGCCAAACCACCACCUCGACUACAGGAGAUACCGAAAAUAGCGGUAAUUCAACAACGAAUAAUCAGGGGACCGAUAGUGUCAUGGUUACGACUCUUAUCAGCACUCCAGCAAUUAAUUCAACUUCUUCCAGUCAAUUGGGCAAUAAUUCUGCGAUUAAUAAUUCUCAAGCGUCGGUAUUAAACGUGACUGAUACCGCAACACUCGUUACCACAGGACCUGGUCGACAGGGUAUGAAUAAUUCUGCUGGAAAUGACACUAGUGCACGAUCUGCUGGCGAAACGAGUUUGCGUAAUUUGAAUAAUACUGGUAAUUCAACGAUGACUGGUGAGGGAUCAGUUAAUUCAUCAUCGGAAACUAUCACUGAGGGUUUCGCACUUAUCGAUGCUAUUGAGGGAAUGAGUCAAUCAGCAGGGAUCACUGCUAAUGAUGAGAAUAAAGUUAGGAAGAAGAGGAGUAUCGGGAGCCAGAGGUUUUCCAGCUAUCCAGGUGAGCCUCUCUGGAUUGAUGAAGUCAAUGGCUGGCAGGAGUACAAUCCCUCUGGACCUUCUGGCGAACCUCUCAUCAAUGAGGAUAUGACGGAUUUACAGUUUCUCGUCAAUGGAUGCGAUCCGUCGACGAUAUCCACUGCCUCCUACACUGCGGUUCUACCCUUCGCUUAUAUUCCCUCCGUACGGGCAUUCGGUGUUGAAUUUCCACUUGAUGAUCCAAGGUACAACGUUAUACUGCUGGUUCCCACGGAGCAUUCGAACAGUCGAAUCCUGGGGAAGCUUCUCCUGGGAAAGACCCUGAGGCAGAUCAGGGGAUCGAUGAGGUCCACCUGGAUCCGCGCAACAAUUCCUUCCUUCAUGCUCCGAGGAUUCAUCACCCUGACCCCGUACCUUCAAAAAAUGGGGAUAGGAGAUGCAUUCGACCCACGAGCGGCUGACUUGACCCCCAUGAGCUCAGACCUGGGGAUCUACGCCAGGGAUGUGCAACAGAGUAUCGGCGUUAAUAUCAGAAAUUACGGGAGAGACGGAAGAAACGACAGCACAGAUCCCUCCACCCCUCGCUCUCCUUAUCAACAGACAGAGAAUUAUCUGCAUAGCAGGGAGCCAAUUGCAUUCACAGUUGAUCGUCCCUUUCUAUUUUUCAUUGUUGAUACUGAGACCUCGGUGGCACUGAUCGCAGGGAGAGUCGACGAUCCACUCAACUCCAGGAUCCUCUGAGGAAAGGGAGGAGCAGGAAUAAUAGUUAAUCAUUAUUUGUAUACAAGGGGCAAUCGAGGAGGCAAGAUACUGGCUACCUCGUGGAUCCAUCAGGGAGAUGUAUUCUUUCAACACAAUUCGCGGAAAAUAUCGUCUUCUGUUUUGUUCACUAGCUUUGGCGUCCAUUCGCGUUUUUAUUUUUCUUCAUUAGCUGCGAUAAACUCAUUCAUUCGAAUACACUCUCAGAGACCAUAAUAUAAACACGAAAUUAA